AACGACGACAGGUAGUGUGGAUGUGUAAUAACAGGAGCAGAUUUGCAAAAGUAGAUCUCAGUGAGAUUUCACAUUCGUAUAGCUUCACAACUGCUCUUCUGUGGCUGAAUAAAACAUUACAUUGCGCGAGAUUUAUACAGUAGAAAUGCAGAAUUUGAGACCAGGAUUUGCAUAUUUUACAAAGCAAUACACAACAUUGUUAUACAUGAUUUUAGAAACCAACAAUUCGUUACUUUUACUUUAAAAAACUUUCAGUUAUCGUGUGGCAUGAUAAUUAAAUAGAAAUGUGCUCAUUAAGCCGAACGAUGAUGCAAAUUGCAAAUUCAAUUCCGUUUGCCGUGUUUUUGUUGUUACUUUCAAUUUCUCCGUUAUUAUGUUUCCCCGUGGAACCUAUCGACUGGAACUACCCACAAGCCCCUCUCGAUUCUGAGCCACAAAUUAAGCUCAGCAGAAAACACCUCUGUCCCCCUGGCAAAACUUCGUCCUCGUUUCGAUACCACACAGCGACUAAAGAUUGUUAUAAAUUAGGCGAGAAAGGUCCCUGCGGACAGAAUAUGGUUUGGCAUAGCGAUGUCAAUUCUACCGUUUUUGGGGAAUGCGACUGUGAUUUUCUGAAUUCCAGAAUUCCACUCGUCUAUCAUCCUGCGUCUGAUCGGUGCUAUCAUAUUUUUACCCAGGCCUACUGCGAGCCCAAUCAAUGGGUCACAUUUUCCGAUUUCGACCCCACAUGCGUCCGCGACAAAUGUGACGAUGUCAUUUUCUUUGACGCAGACGAUUCCAGUGAUGGAGCAAUCGUAGAAUUUAAUAAUAAAUGUGUUCAACUAAACUCCAAAAAUCCUGCUUGUAAGCCAGACGAGAUUGUAACCUUUGUUGCUGACCAAGUGCACCCAACAUGUGGUCGAAUUGGGGACGGGGAGGAAUUUUCUGUCUCAUUACAUUCCGUUUUUAAGACGAGAACGCUAUCUUGUAAGCCAGGGAGUCGUCGCGAUGUUCAUGGAAAGUGUAGAAGGACAAUUACCAUAAAACCUUCAUCAGCACCUUCGUCAGAGUAAAUAAGACAGGGAACCUUUCCCAUUAUUAUUUACUGUGAAAAUCGACUGAUCAACAAGUACAAAUAACUUUCACUUGGUAUAUUUACGGCUAAUUUAUGUUGGAUAAUUGAAAAAUUGUAAUUUCUACUCUUGAACUUGAAUGUUGAAAUGAUAGCAUUUUAAAAUACUGUUUCACUCUUAAAUGUCCACUCUUUCAGACUAGUCAUGUAUACAUAGCUCGUAAUUUUAAUAACACUGUGUGCUCAGAAAUAAAAGUGAAAAAUGUUUCCAGUUA